CUCCUUCACCUGCAAUCCUCCUUUCGAAUAACAUCAGACUGCGAUUCGCGAGACCGACCAGCAUUUUACGGUGCAGACUAUUGUGUUACGAGCGCCUCUACGUCCGUGUCUGUUAAGUGUUCCAUCUUCACUAGGUCGUGAUUUUGCCAUUCGCCACAUGGCAAUCAUCAACAACACCGACUUUCCUCCUUUGCCAUCGCAGACCACCAAACACCAGCGACUUAAUAAAAGAGAAGAUGCAGCCAAAGUGCAGCAACCCAAAGCUGCCGGCAUUUACGCCACACUGCAUGAUCUCCCUGACGAGCUCAUACUGGAGAUCCUGAGAUACCUUCCCGGCAUUGACAUGCAAGACUUUCAACUACACACACUCCUGAGUCUCUCGUUGACGAAUCACCAUCUUCACCGUGUUGUCAGCGACAAGAUCUACUCUACAUACGACAGCUACUUUUGCGAGCCAUAUCUCUUUCUUCGCACCCUUGUCACGAAUCCACAUCUCGGUGAGAGCGUCCGUCAUGCCAAGUUUCGGUACGGUGACGAUGCUCAUCUCGAGAGGAAACGGUACUCGCCGAAUGCACGAGACAAGAAGAUCAUAAAGGAAGGAAUGAGACUUCUCGACUUCCCUGACUGGAAGGGCUGGGCUACUCGCUGCAAUGCUGACAAGAUUGAGCUCGACAUUCUACACACGGCUGUCAUGCUGCAUACUCCCAAUCUUGUGUCACUCGAUGUUGAGGAUGGGCAGAUCUCAGCAUACUCAAAAGCUAAAUGGCCUGAACUUAUUAAGAAGGCAACGACUGCAGAGUACUUUGGGCACGCGCAUCGCUUUAGUGCCCUGAAGUCGGUCCGCAUUGACGCUCAAAAUAUGGUCAUACAUCACAUGAUACCUCUUUUACGUUUGCAAUCCUUGCAAAAGCUUGAAGUGCGGGAGUUGAGUGAGGUUGAACUGGAUAUGCGAGCACCAGCCGAGCUAAGGCGUGUACUUCCAGAAGGUUGCAACAAUCUCGAAGAGCUCAUCUUGGAAGAAUGCUUCCUGCGCUUUGACGCACUGACAACUCUCAUCAGCUCGGCACGAAGUUUGAAGAGCUUCCGAUUUGACGCGAAUCAGGAGAGCGUACUGCUGGACGGAUCUGGAGCCAUGCUGCAGAGUGCUUUGUGGCGCCAAAGAAAGUCUCUCGAGCGUCUCGAUGUUUUCCACGAUCCUUGGCACAAAGAUGCCGAUGGCCCAGAUCACGGCGGUCUUGAAAAGUUUAAGAUGCUCAAACAUCUGAAAUGUCCUCUACGCAUGGUGGUGGACGUACGCUCAGGCGCUUCCGCGACUGUCUUAGAGUUCUUGCCUCCUGCACUCGAGGUUCUUGGCCUCACAAUACGAUGGGGCUCUGACGAAGAGUACUUCUUACCCGUUCUGGAGCGCAUGGCGAGCGAGUAUACUACAAUGGUUCCUCAACUGAAAGUUCUUCAGCUCAAUGUUCAGGUGCCUGCUGAGGAGCUGGACUAUGACUGGGAGCGCAUGGUCAGGGCUUACUCCAAAACGAGUGUCGAACUCAUCAUCAACUCGCCUUCUGAUAGCGAUGGUGACGAAUGGGGCGAUUGGCGUACCGUAUCUUCGGACUCAAAUGAUUCUUCUAACGACUCAGAUGAGGUCGAGCUAUACAGUGAUGAAGAGUUGGAAUGAUAGAGAGUUCAAUGUCUAUGAAAUAGUCGAAUGGCAAGACUCAGCAUGGGGCGUCGUCAUCCCAGCCGUUGCCCGACCCAUCCGCGUCCCGGUAGUCAAUCACAUCCUCUUCUUCUCCACC